AUGCUUGGCGUGCGUGAAGCUCCGACACUUGACAAUCUCAUUGAUUUGAUUGCAGAAGAUUUUGAAAGUCAAAAAUGUGAACAUGAUGCAGCAUCAUAUAUUGUGCCACUGUCACUUCGAUUCUUGGCAAAAAAUGUUGAACAUCAUUAUUCAGAACUUUGGAAAGAUAAUACGUAUCGACGCGCUUUUCUUCCAGCUCAAUGGCCACCUAAUCCAAUUACGAAUUCAUAUGAUAAUAAUCCUUGCAAUAGCAUAGAAUUACUGCCUGUGGAAAGGAUAUUUAACAAUCCCAAUUCAUUAUGUGCUUGUCCUUUACCAAAGGUGAAAAUGCUGUUUAGCAAAUUCUUGGAUCUUUCUAUGUUAUAUGUUCAAGAAAAACCAUCAUUGAAAGAUGCAUUUGAAAUUCUAAUGGAGAGAAAAGAUAUUGUUCUUACCUCCUAUGAAUGGACUUGUUCUGUUUUUGGAUAUAUGAAUAGUUUGACUGGUACAAUAAAUGAAUUAGCAGAACUACUUUCAGUAUUAGAAUUUAUUCCAUUUCAAGGUUGUAUAAUUUGUUAUAAUUGA